AUGGUGAACACAACCCGAAAGGAUUGGUCGAGAAAAUUGAAUGAUACUUUAUGGGCUUGCCGUAUGGCUUAUAAGACUGCAAUAGGCAUGUCUCCUUAUAGACUUGUUUAUGGGAAGCCUUGCCAUCUUUCGGUUAAGCUAGAACAUAAGGCUUUAUGGGCAAUUAAAAAGCUUAAUCCUGACCUUGAUAAGGCUGGUGAGAACCGUUUACUCCAAUUGAAUGAGUUAGAGGAGUUGAGACAUAAUGCCUAUGACAAUGCUAAACUCUAUAAAGAAAUGACGAAAGCUUUUCAUGAUAAACACAUUGUGAAGAAGUCCUUUGAGCCCGGACAAAAGGUAUGGCUCUUCAACUCUAGGCUCAAAUUCUUUCCCAGAAAGUUGCGUACUAAAUGGGAAGGCCCUUAUGAGAUCAUUUCCGUUGCUCCUCAUGGGGUGGUUGAUCAAGAGCCUAAAAGAUGGAAACACAUUCAAAGUGAAUGA